AUGAUCUUUGUGCGCUCAAAAUGGUCAUCAAUUUCGCUGGUGUGUUUCCUAUUGGCGUUCACUGCAUUUCCGGGUUGUGUAUCUGGUGCCAAGAGUAAAAGUGGCAGUGAUGCCCCAAAGGUGCAAGCCCCAGUGGAUCCUGUUAUUGAGGAAGUCACAGCCAAGCAAUUGGAGCGGAUUCUGCAGGAGAAGGAUUAUGUGGCCGUAUACUGGUAUGCACGAAGUUGUGUGACUUGCGACAAAGUUUUAGCCGAACUCGAACAAAUCGACGAUGACACCGAUUCUUUCGGUGUGGAUUUUGUUAAAAUAAACGACAAACGACUCGCCAAGCAGUAUGGCAUUAAAAAUUUCCCAGCUCUCACCUACUUCCGUGAUAAGCAUCCAAUCAUCUUCGAUGGAGAUAUCAUGGAUAGUGAGGCUGUUUUGGAUUUUCUCACAUCACUGGAAGCCAUGGAUCUGCCCGAUCGCAUUGAAGAGGUCAAUGCAAAGAUCCUCUCAAAGAUCGUCGAAGACACCGAUUACAUUGCUGUGCUCUUCUGUCCAGAGCACAGUACAUGUCCAUCAGGACAUGGAAGAAUGUCGAAUAAAACCGAAUGCAGAAAGUGCGCCAGAGCUCUGCAGGAAUUGGAAAAUAUCGACGAUGAGGCAGAUCAGCUGGGAAUUGGAUUUGUUAAAAUUCACGAUGAAGACUUGGCGGAUGAGUACAAUUUAGGAGCAUUGCCGAAAUUGGUCUACUAUCGCCAUCAAAUUCCCAUCAUCUAUGAAAAUGAAUUGUCGCGUGAAGAGGAUGUUCUUGAGUGGUUGAUUGAGAACAAAUCCACGGGAGAUGAUGAAGACAUCAUUGAAGACGUCACUGCCAAGACACUCAACACUCUCAUUGGCAAUGUAGACAAUUUAGUAGUUUUAUUCUAUGAUCACGGAGAUGAUCAGUCAAUGACGGUAUUGGAGGAGCUUGAAAAAAUCGAUGAUGACUGCGACAGGCACGGUAUCCAGUUUGUCAAGAUUGACGACAAGAAAGCAGCCAAAGCUUUUGGACUCGAUGAGGACGAUUUCGAAGUACCAGCUAUUGUCUACUUCGAGAAACAGAUACCAAACAUUUAUGAUGGGGAUUUGGAAGAUGAAAAUGAAAUCCUGAAAUGGCUUCUGUCUCGAUUGGAAGAGGACGAAAUUGAAGAUGUCACAGAUGAAAUGCUGGAUUCUCUUAUAAAGGAAGGGAAGCACUUAGCUGUUCUAUUCUAUGACAACAAUGAUAGAAAGUCGCAAAAAGUCCUUGAAGAACUGGAAAAUAUCGACGAUGAAUGCGACGCACUGGGUAUUCUCUUUGUGAAAAUCGACAACGCUGAAGAAGCAAAGGAGUACGGAAUCCAGAAAAUACCCAAGUUAUUGUACUUCGAAAAUGGUAUCCCUACAAUUUACGAAGGUCCUCUCGAUGACGAAGAAGGUCUUCUCAAAUGGCUUGAGAGCCAAACAAGUGCUGAUGAAAUUGAAGACAUCACUGAUGAGAUGUUGGAUCUGAUCAUUGAGAAGAUGGAUCACGUUGCUGUAUUGUUUUAUGACAAAGAUCAGAAGCAAUCCGCAAAGAUCUUGGAAGAACUGGAAAAUAUUGAUGAUGAAUGCGAUCAGAAUGAUAUCGCUUUUGUGAAGAUCGACGAUGACAACGAAGCCAAGGAAUGGGGUAUCGACGAACUACCCACAAUGGUACUCUACGAAAAAGGUGUACCACAUGUCUAUGAAGGUGAUCUACUCAAAGCCGAUGAACUUCUUGGAUGGCUCAUUCAUCAAAAGAGACAUUCCGAAAUACCCGAAAUCACAGACGAAAUGAAAGACAAACUGAUCGAGUCUGCUGCCCAUUUAGCCGUCAUCUUCUACGACAAGGAUGACAAACAAGACAUCCGGGUUCUCAAUGAAUUGGAAAACAUUGAUGAUGAGUUGGAAAAGGAAGGAAUCGUAAUAGUGAGAAUUGACAACGCUGAAGAAGCUAAGGAAUACGGAUUAGAUCACCUGCCAGCACUUGUGUACUUUGAAGAAAAGAUCCCCAGUGUUUACCCAGGAGAUUUGAUGAAUGAAGAUGAAGUUCUUGAGUGGCUCCUUCUUCAGAAAGAAACUGCCUCAAUUGAAGAAGUCACCGAUGAGAUCCUUCAAGAACUAAUUGACGAACACGAGUACGUUGUGGUUUACUUCACUGGACCUUGCGAAUCUGGCGAGAGAUGUGAUAACUUCCUUGAAGAUCUAGAAAACAUCGAUGAUGAACUUGAUGAAGCUGGAAUUAUCUUCGUGCGAACUGAAGAUGUCUCCUUGGCGAAGAAAUACAACAUUCGCAAUCUACCACAGGUUGUAUUAUUCCGCAACAAAGAACCAGUCCUGUACAAAGGUGGUGAAGAUGAAGAUGAGAUCUUAACAUGGUUGACUGAUGAGAACACCCUUGAAAUUCCCGGAAAGAUUGAAGAGGUGAACGUGAAGAUGCUGGAGAAGAUUCUGGGAGAAAAUGAUCAUAUCGUAGUAUUCUUCUAUGAAGAAGGUGACAAGAAAUCUCAGAAGAUCAUCAAUGAACUCGAGAACAUCGAUGAUGAAUGUGAAGAAAAAGACAUUGACUUCGUAAAGACUUCAGAUGAUGGCAUUCAAGAAGAAUAUGAUCUUCCUAGUCUUCCAUCUCUUGUCUUCUAUCGCAACAAAUUCCGCACAAUUUACAAGGGCAACCUUAUGAAGGAGGAAGAAAUCCUCGAAUGGGUUCUUGAUCUCUACGAAUCACCUCCAGAUGAGAUUGAAACUGUUGACAGGAAGACUCUUCAAGUGCUCAUCAAUGAAGUUGAACAUUUAGCUGUAUUCUUCUAUGACGACAAGUGCACCUCAUGUCCAGGAAUAUUGGAAGAGUUGGAGACAAUUGAUGAUGAUACAGACAAACAUGGUAUUCAAUUCGUAAAGUCCAGCGAUGCCAAAUUGGCCCAUGAGAUCGGAAUAUUCUCAUUCCCAGCCCUGGUUUACUAUGAAACCGGCGUUCCAAUUAUGUAUGAUGGUGAUAUCGAGGAUGAGAGGGAAGUUCUAGAUUGGAUGGUGAAACAAAAGACAGAUUCCAGUAUUCCAGAAAUAGAUCGGGAAACCUUGUUUGAAUACAUCAACACCAAGGACUUCUUGGCUGUAAUGUUCUUCGUCGAAGAAGAUCAUGAAGCCUUCAAGAUCCUAAGGCAUUUGGAACUGAUCGACGAUGAAGCAGCAGAAUACGGUAUAACCAUCGCCAAGUGCAACGACAAACUUAUGGCCAAGAAGUAUGGAUACCGAAAUCCACCAGGACUAACAUACUUCCGCAAGGGCAAACCAAUCAACUACGACGGAGAUCUCGAUGAUGAAGAAGAACUCCUAGAUUGGUUAACCAAUCCCGAAAAUAUGGAAAUGACCGAUCAUAUUGAGCAGGUUAAUCGUAAAAUGUUCCAGAAAAUCCGUCAAAACUCUGAAUAUGUCGCCGUAUUCUUCUACAGUGAAGAUUGCAAGCAGUGUCCGAGGGUUCUAACCGAAAUCGAACAUAUCGACGACGAAGCUGACCGAGCUGGAAUUGACUUCGUUAAGAUCGACGACCGUAAGAUGGCCAAAGAAAUCGGCGUAUUCGCUCUACCUGCAAUUGUAUUCUUCAAAUCAACCUCAAAAGAACCCGUAAUCUACGCCGGUGACAUCUACGAAGAACAAGAUAUCCUCAACUGGCUCCUAACUCAGAAAGAUCCUGGUGGAGACGUCAUAGAAGAUUUGGAAGGUGCCAAGCUAAUGUCCAUGAUUGAGGAAUCUAAUUCUCUAGCAAUCUUUUUCUGGAAUAAGACACAGUGCGACAUAUGCAACUCAAAAGCAAUGCGAAAAGCACGUAUGAAAAAGGAACGUGAGGCAAAUGCCACGGCGGCUCAGCAGCCAACGGGAUGUCAUGAGGGUCAACCACCUGUUCAGGAGCACCACGAAGAGGACAACGAUGAGUGUGAAAAUUGCGCGGGAAUCCUAGAAGAACUGGAAAAUAUCGAUGAUGACUGCGAUCGACAUGGAAUAGUCUUCGUAAAAACGAAAGACUUCAGCGUUGCUGAGGAAUACGGCGUCCUUGACUAUCCCGCUCUGGUUUACUUUGAAGGAGGAAUUCCGAAUGUUUUCGAAGGUCAAUUACACGAAGAAGAAGAAGUUCUGCAAUGGUUAAUAACACAGCGAACAGAGGACCGAAUAGAACUCAUCACACGAGCAAUGUUGGAAACAAUGGUAGAAGAGACAACCUACCUGGCAGUCUACUUCUUGCCUCCAAACUACAAAAAAUCACCAGCCUACUGUAGAACACUCUGCUCACCACUUGCCAACAAUGCCUUCACCAUACAAAAUACCACGAGGGCGCUAGCUAACACGCGCACGCUGGUCUCCAAGUACAAGCUACGAAAGCGUCUCGAAGUGGCCCUUCAAGACAAAAUAAAUUGCAACAUCUGUGAUCAGAUCCUAGAGGGACUAGAGCUAAUAGAUGACGAGUGUGAUGUCUUUGGAAUUCACAUGGUGAAAAUCCAGGAUCCUCAGCUUGCCAAGCGGUAUUCCAUUAAAACCUUCCCAGCAAUGGUCUACUUUAGAAAUGGAAAUCCGUUAAUUUACGAAGGAGAUCUUCAGAAUGAAGAAUCUGUCCUCGAAUGGUUGAUUGACGAUGACAACAGAGAACUAGAGGACGAAAUUGAAGAAGUCAAUGAUCGUAUGCUUGAACGUCUAAUGGAAGAAUCAACACUUCUCGUUGUAUUCUUCUAUGAUGAAGAUUGUGAUGAAUGUGAAGAAAUUCUCGAAGAACUAGAACUUAUUGAUGGUGAAGCCGAUCUCUUCGGAAUUGAUUUUGUUAAGAUUGCCAGUGCAGAAGCCGUUGAGAAAUACGAAGUUGUCAAUAUUCCAUCUCUAAUCUACUUUAGGAAACGCGUUCCAAUCCACUACGACGGAGAUCUUACACAACAUGAAAAGAUCAUAUCUUGGUUAACUUCGCAGGAUGUCUUUGAAAUCAAAAAUGAAAUUGAAGACGUCAACAGAAAGAUGCUAGAUAAGUUACUGGAUGAGAAUGACUUCCUCACAGUGUAUUUCUAUGAACGCGACGAUGAAGAGAGUGACAUCGUUCUCGAAAAACUAGAGACUAUCGACAGCGAAACAGACAAUCUCGAUAUAACAUUUGUCAAGAUGGCCGAUACUAGGUACGCACGGAAAUGGGGCGUCACUAAGCUUCCAGCCCUUGUGUAUUUCCGGAAGCGCUUCCCGAGCAUCUAUCGAGGCAACUUAAAGGUGGAAAGUGAGGUGCUAGAGUGGCUGCGGAAGAAUCGCUUCCGACAGCCUGAGCUGAAUAUCUUCAUGUACGCCCUACUAGCCAUCUCCGUGGCCUUUGUCAUCUACACAGCCUUCCUGCUGCAGUGUUUCAAGCCAGCCCCUCCACCGCCCGUGGCCCAUCCUAAACAGGCGUGAUGAUAUCCCUUAUCCAAAUUUUGCCUUCCUCCAUCCCAUAAUAAAUAGAUAUUUUUUUCUCCCCCUUUGAUCUACCUUUCUUCUUUCAAUCUUAAGCUCAUUUGAUAAGUUCAUCGAUAUCAUCCACAUUAUCAUUUUAUUAUUCACAUUUUUGAGUAAAUGACAAGAAUUAUCAGAAAUUAUCACUUGAAAAUUUUGAAAAGAAUUUUAGGUGGAAAGGUUCAUUAUUGAGGUAAAUUUUUUUCUGUACAUAAUUCGAUUAUUGAAUAAAGGUACUAUUAGAAAUAUCAA